AUGACCAAUGCCCCGUUUCCCUCAGGCUCCGGUGGAGCUCCUCCAGCACCCGCCUCAUCCUCAUAUCUGCCCGGCCCAAGCAUCUCCUCCGUCCCUCGUCGCUCGUCAUACGCCUCCGUCGUCUCAGGUGCUGCCAGCGCGUCUGCUCCCCAGCGUUCUGGGGCCUUUGCUCAUCUCCUCAACAGCAACACCGUCCACCACGCCGCCAGCGGAGCUGCUGCCGCCGCCGCCACCAUCACCGCUACCACUACCCCGACGACCUCCUCCUCCUCCUCCUCCUCCUCCUCCUACCCCCCGCAAUACGCCUCCGACGGCCCUGGCAGCCGCUCCUACACGUCUUUCCCAGCCACGGAUGCAGAGAUGCAGAUGAAUCAUGGCGCAGGGAGCGCCGGUUGGCGGAGUUCGGGCGGUUCCUUACCGGCUUACUCGAGGCAGUUCGCCAACAUCCCCGACUAUGCUGCCAACUAUCUGCCCGCUGGUCUAGCUACGUCCGCUUCCUCCUCGCUCGACCGCUCCUUUUUCGUUCCCUCCUACCUCCGCAACUCCCGAUAUGUUGCCCGGCUCGAGGCUGCCCAUCGAUCCAAGCUGGCCGCCGCCCAGCGGGAGGCCACCGCCGCUGCAAACCCGUCUGCUCCCCUCUCGGCCUCGUCCAGCCAUGUCAACCUGCAUCGCAUGGCGCCCUCUCACCGGGGCAUGACCUAUGAUAUCGUCGAGAAGGAAGUUUCGAGUGAUGAAGACAAACUCACCCCUCUGCCGUCCCGGUGGAACGAGUCCGAUAAGUAUUCCGGACUCGACUUGCUGAACGAUGGGUUGGAGGUGCGGUAUAUGGGUCCUCCCAACAAGCACGACCACGAGGCUGCCGCUGUGCGUGCAGAUCAUCCCAUGCCACGCCAGUGUGGCAUCUACUACUUUGAAGUGACCAUCCUGUCCAAGUCGAAAGAGGGGAUGAUCGGAGUCGGCUUUUCUAGCACCAAGGCCUCCGUCGAGCGGCUUCCCGGCUGGGAGCAAGAAUCCUGGGCUUACCAUGGCGACGAUGGGAAGUCCUUCUUUGGCGAGAAUCAGGGACAGGGCCGGCCGUACGGUCCGACGUUUACUGUCAACGAUACCAUCGGGUGCGGCGUCAACUUCUCGACAGGGUGUGCAUUUUUCACCAAAAACGGCGUUUUUCUAGGCAACGCCUUCAGGGAGCUCCGAGAUGUGAAGCUGUAUCCGUCGGUCGGAAUGAAGAAACAGCCGAAUGUGCAUAAAGAAAAGGCUGCCAUUCUUUCAGAAGUCAGUCUGACUAGCGCGGCGAAUUUACAACCCCCUCUGGACGAGACGGCUCUCGUCCAGGAGCUUGUGGCACAGUUUCUGGCCCACGAUGGCUACGUCGAAACGGCGCGCGCCUUUGCAGAGGAAGUGAAGCAGGAGAACAGUAGCCUCCAGAACGGCCGGCGACCGCUCAAUCAGUAUGAAGCCGAGGAGGACUUGGAUGCCACCAACCGGCAAAAAAUUCGAUCUGCCAUCUUGGAUGGAGAUAUCGACAAAGCACUGAAAUACACCAAUGCCUAUUACCCCAACGUCUUGAAGGAUAACCCGCGCAUCCACUUCAAAUUACGAUGCCGGAAAUUCCUCGAGAUGAUGCGCCGCUGCAACGAGCUGUCGAACGCCUCUUCGAAACGAGCCAAGACCUCGAAUGGCGCCGUUCACGACGGCAAUGAGGUCUUUGAGCAAGAGAUGGACGUCGACGACCAGAUGCAGGACGGUUAUUCGGACGCGGAUGGCAUGGAUACCGAGGAACCCGAUUCGACAGCCAAGUUCCACGAGCUGCUCACGGAGGCGGUCCAGUACGGCCAGCAGCUGCGGAUGGACUAUCCAUCCGACGAAAGUGGAGGCGACAAGGAGCUGUUGAAUGACAUCUUCUCGCUGGUGGCCUAUUCCGACCCCAAGUCGUCCGUCCACGGGCAUUACCUGGACCCUGCGGGACGGGUGGCCGUAGCGGAGGAGCUCAAUUCCGCGAUAUUAGUGUCACUGGGCAAGUCAUCUUCAGCCGCGUUGGAGAGGUUAUAUCAGCAGACCGAGGCACUGGUCAACGAGAUUAGCGAAGAUGGCGGCGCUGGGGCGUUUAUCAAUGUCCGGAAUGACUUUCUCCUGUGA